UUGUGGUAGAUAAUAUUAGCCGGCUACGGCUGUUUUAUUUCAACAAUGGACAGGAUUUUGCGAGGCAUUAUGCGAUAUCGUAUUUUAGAUCGGGCAACCAUGGUUAAACAGUUUCAAGAAGUCAAGGAUAAUCCAGUGCCAAAAGCCAUAUUUUACACUUGCAUGGACAGCAGAAUGAUACCUACAAGGUUUACAGAAACUUGUGUUGGAGAUAUGUUUGUUGUUAGAAAUGCGGGAAAUCUUAUACCACAUUCACAACAUUUUGUAGAUGAAAUGACAAGCUGUGAACCGGCUGGUUUAGAACUCAGUUGUAUCAUUAAUGAUAUCAGACAUAUAAUUGUAUGUGGACACAGUGAUUGCAAAGCUAUGAAUCUACUGUAUAAACUUAAGAGUAAAGAAGAAUCGAGCUUAGAACAAAGAAGAAUCUCUCCACUAAAAUCGUGGCUCUGUUCUCACGGGAAAUCAAGUUUAGAUAAAUUUCUUGAUAUAGGAGGUGAUUUUGAAAAACCAAUACUAUUUACUGCCGAAACACCACAAAGAAAAUUUGUAGCGUAUAUUGAUCCCGAUAAUAAAUUUUGCAUUGAAGACAAACUGUCGCAGGUUAAUACAUUGCAACAGCUGCAGAACAUUGCAUCAUACGGAAUGUUAAAAAAACGCCUUCAGAGACACGAUUUACAUAUACACGCUUUGUGGUUUGAUAUUUAUACCGGUGAUAUAUAUUAUUUUAGCAGAAGAGCUAAAAAAUUCCUUAUAAUAGAUGAAUCAAGUUAUGAAAUAAUUUUAGCAGAAAUCAGAAGAUAUUAUUCCUAAGAGAAAUAGUAACUAGGUAUUAGAAUUUACAAAAUAUAUAGUACAUAAGUUUUUCAUUGUAAUAAUUUAAUAUUUUCAGAUUUUUAUGUAUAUUUUAUGAAAUUCUAAAGAUCUGGGACCAAGGUUAAACGACUAAUCUAUACUUUCUGAAUUACGUAUUUACAAUAUUUCGCAAUAAGAGAGAGAAUUUAAAUGGAUACUAUUAGGUUAAAAUUAAUAUUUUUAGGGGUACUAUUAUUUCAUAAAAAGUCUUUUAAAAGUACAUUCACUUCUUCACCAAGUAAUCCACAACUUAUGCAAUUUCAUACUGAAAUAUUAUUAUAGUUAUUUUUUAUUUGGGAUGUAGGUGGGUACGUAAAAAUAAAUUGGUGAGCAAAAUAUUUUCUCAGGUAAGUUAGCAUGCGUGAAAAAGGUUUACUUUUUUAAAAGUUUUAAUGUACAGUUAAAUGCAAGUAACUAGGUUUAAUAUUUAUAUGGAUAAUUAUUAAAAGUUUUAUUUUUGUACUGAUUUUGUAUUACAUUAAAUUAAUAAUUCUC